CCGCUUUGUCCAAACACUCCCCAAACCCCCUUGUACUGAAACAAAAACAAAAAGUGGCAAACGAAGUUAGAAUAGAUGGAGUUUUAAAAGAGAAACGAAGGAGAAAAAAAAAAAAAGCCUCUCUCUCUCUCUCUCACACACUCGCAUACAUACACACACUUUGACACAGACCAUGGGACCAUUGUCCUGUGCUUAAAUUCGAGCUUUUUCGUGGACGACACGAUCCGAUGGGUGGUACUACUACUACUACACAUAUGGAAAUGGAGGAUCAAUAUGGCAUGGCCGAUCUCAGGCGGCUGAUGAACGGCGGCAGGCCUCAUUUUCCGGCCAUCCCACAGGGUGGUGGUGGAGCGGCUGACCUAUUCUCCGGCCACCGGGGUUUGGGUGCUGGACAGCCUCCUCCUCAGCCUUACGAGAUGAUGAUGAUUGGUCGUCAGGUUCCUGAGAUUUUGCCUCGUGGCCUCAAUCCUCCUCCUCCUCCCCCUCAUCAUCAUCAUCAUCAUCAUGACUUUCGCUCUGCUGAUUCCGCUGCUACUUCUACAGCCUCCAUCACUGUGACAGCUACUUCCGGUCCUUCGUUUAGUGGUGGGUUAGAGGCUGAGACUGCUGGUUGUCUCGGCGGCGAUGGCGGUACUGGGAGAUGGCCAAGGCAAGAGACUCUCACUCUCUUGGAGAUCAGAUCCCGUCUUGAUUUUAAGUUCAAAGAGGCUAAUCAAAAAGGUCCUCUCUGGGACGAAGUCUCCAGGAUUAUGUCUGAGGAACAUGGAUACCAAAGGAGUGGGAAAAAGUGCAGGGAAAAAUUCGAGAACUUGUACAAAUACUACAAGAAAACCAAAGAAGGGAAAGCUGGAAGACAAGACGGUAAGCACUACAGAUUCUUUCGUCAGCUAGAAGCUCUCUAUGGAGAAACCAGCAAUGCAGUCUCAGUCCCCGAAACCCAUUUUGUCGGUACCAGUGGUGGUCUUCGAUUUCAUACCACAACCAACAACACCAAUCCCGCUCAUCAACCAAAUCAAGAAGCUUCAUACCAGUUGCACAAGCCUUGUGAUAGCCUAAGCCUCUCUAAUUCCUCCGAAUUCGACACGACAUCCUCAGACGACAACGAUCUAAUGGACAAUGAUUCGUCGGAGAAGAGGAAUAGGAAAAGGAGAGGCGGUGGAAAGAAUUGGAAGACCAAGAUAAAAGACUUCAUCGACUGGCAGAUGAGGAAGCUGAUGGAGAAACAAGAGGCAUGGUUGGAGAAGCUAAUGGGAACACUGGAACAGAAAGAGAAAGAGAGGAGUUUAAGAGAAGAAGAAUGGAGGAAAGAAGAAGCUGCUCGAAUUGACAGAGAACAUAAAUUCUGGGCCAAAGAAAGAGCUUGGAUCGAAGCGAGGGAUUCGGCUUUAAUGGAAGCUUUGCACAAAUUAACGGGAAAAGAAAUAAGAGUUCCAUCGCCUGAGGCUGAUCAGGGUGGUCUUAUGUCUGAUCAACUCCAAGAUGACCAGAAUCAUGAUGAUGGAAGCGAAAUGCUUAGCAAAACUCCAAAAGACGACGAAACCUGGCCGGAAUUAGAGAUCUCUAGACUAAUUCAAUUGAGAGCCGGUAUGGAAUCGAGGUUUCAACAAGGCGGUGGGUUUUCAGAUGAGGCGGUUUUGUGGGAGGACAUAGCUAACAAGAUGGCCCGUAUGGGAUACGAGAGGAGCGCUUUGAUGUGCAAAGACAAGUGGGAGAACAUCAACAAUUACACCAGGAAGACCGCGGCAGCGAAGGAAUUCAGCAAGAAACGCAAGGAAAACUCGAGAAGCAGCUGUGGUGGUGGUUACUUUCAGAACAAUGAAUCAGCAAGCUCCUCUUUGUACAACCAUGGAGGAGGAGGAGGAAGCUAUUGUGAAAUGAAUGAACAAGGGCAUGCUAAUAAUGAUGGUUCUUCUCCUUCUCAUCCUAAUUUAAGCAAUGCAGUUCAUGAUAGUUGUUUUCCUUUCUUGAUGAGCGAAGGGGAAAAUUUGUGGGACAAUUAUGGGUUGAAGCUUAGCAAAGGAGGUCAAAACCAGUGAAGUUAAGAGUUUGGUAGAGCUAUAGCACAUGGAAGGUUUGUUUUUUUUUUUUUUUUGUUCUAUAAGAAGUAGGAGCAAAUCUAGUGCUUGGGAGGAGGAGGUUGACUUUUUUAUGAGGUAAAAAAAAGGUAAUUUGACAAUAUCUUUAUCGUGGGAGAUGGGAUUGGGGGGUUUGGUUUACAAAAUGUAAGCAAGCUGAGCUAACCGAAGAAGAUUCAUGUAUAGGGGACUUGGAACCUGGGACAUGGGACAUGGACAUUUUAGAGGGAACAAUAAUGGGGGUCUAUAUCUUGCUUUGUUGCUGAAGCUUAAUGGGCAAUGGAGGUUGAAAAUGUUUUCUAGUAUGUGGUGAUCAUCAUCAUCAUCAUCCCUAAACCUUUAUGAACUUUUUUUUUUUUUUUCUUUUUUGGGGGGAUUUUUUACUUCUUGCAUGCAGAUGGUUUCUACUGUUGUAGUUCAUUUAUUUCAACCUUCAUUUCACAUGUUUUGUUGGUAAUUUUCUCUUUUUUGGUGACUGAUUUUUUUUUUCCCGGUUUUUUUGGUGGAGUAUUGUUGGUAACUGAUCUGAAUCCCGAGGAAAUGAUCAUAAUUAAUUAAUGACUGAGACGCGUGUGUGUUUGGGAGGCAAUAAGAAGAAGAUAUUCUUGCCCUUCGGAGAGUGGGAGAAAAUAUUGAUGGAAUCUGUGUAGUAUCAAUAAUUGCAUAUUAUAAAUUAUUGAAAUAGAUACUGCAUAUUUAUA